GGCGGAGCGGCGCGGCGGGCGGCGCUGUCAGUGCGAGGCGCGAGCGGAAUGCAGCGGCCCGAGGCCUGGCCACGUCCGCACCCGGGGGAGGGGGCCGCGGCGGCCCAGACCGGGGGCGCGGCGCCGCCCGCGGGAGCCGGGGAGCCCUCGGGGCCGCGGUUGCAGGAACCUUCCCUCUACACCAUCAAGGCUGUUUUCAUCCUAGACAAUGAUGGGCACCGGCUGCUGGCCAAGUACUAUGAUGACACAUUCCCCUCCGUGAAGGAGCAGGUGGUCUUCGAGAAAAAUGUCUUCAACAAGACCAGCCGCACCGAGAGUGAGAUUGCGUUUCUCGGGGGCAUGACCAUCGUCUACAAAAGCAGCGUUGACCUCUUCCUGUACGUGGUGGGCUCAUCGCAGGAGAAUGAGCUGAUGCUCAUGGCCGUGCUCACCUGCCUGUUUGAGUCGCUGAGCCACAUGUUAAGGAAGAAUGUGGAGAAGCGCUGGUUGCUCGAGAACUUGGAUGGAGCCUUCUUGGUGCUGGACGAGAUUGUGGAUGGCGGGGUGAUUCUGGAAAGUGACCCCCAGCAAGUGGUCCAGAAAGUGAACUUUAGGCAGGCUGAUGACGGUGGGUUAACAGAACAGAGCGUGGCCCAGGUCUCUCUGCCUACACUAAUCCUGCUUUUUUUGGAGCUUCCCGCCCUGACACUAACUACCUCCUGCUGUGAUGGCUUAGCCAAGACGGGGCUGUGCCAUCCUUAGUGGCCAGGGAGCCCCACGUGUGGUGGCCACUUUCCCGGCUUGCCUUUGGCGCUCACUCUGCGUCGCCCUCCCCUCGGGGGCCCCUCCCAUCCUGCUGAAAUGGAUGCAACUGCCAGCAAUUUGCAGGGCGGAAAGGUGAGCGAGCGGGCACUGAGCAGAACAGGAAAGACCACGGGCAUUGGUGUGCAUCAGCCCAGGGUAUACAGGUUCCACCUGAGCCCCGCGGGCUGCUCACCCAGAGAAAGUUACUCAGCCUCUGGGCGUCACAGAACACCAGGACCCUCCUUACAGAGUCAUUAGGAGAACGAGAUGAGCCAGCGCACGGACAGCUCUCGGGGAGCCCCUGGCAAAUCAUGCAUUGUCAGUUACAAAACUAUUACUAUUUUUCCAAAAAGGGAAAGAUGGAAGACAGCAUUUAUAGUAGAAUUCUUGAGUCAAAACCCAGAAUUGCAGGUGGCAGAGGACUGCUCAAAUGAGGACAGAGUUAGAUUCCAGCUUGGAGAUGCGGGGGUGUCCAGGCCAAGCUGUCCCCGAGACAGAGACUCUGCAGGGGGAGGGGCCUACGCAGCGUGGCAGCGUGGCACAGGUCUUCACCAGGAAAUGUAGCUUUGUGGCUGGAGGGGCACAGGCGGGGCCCUGCUGGCUGGUACUGUGUGUGCAUGGUGUGUGUGUGUGUGGGGGGGCGAUUGUGUCAACCCGGCCUGACACUUCUUCCUCCGCAGGGUGUGGAAUGCCCAGACAGCCACCCUUCACCGGCUGUGCCACAUCAGCAGGGGCGGGGGUGGGCUGGGAAGCUAGGGGUCCACUGAGGGAUCAGGUGUCUGAGCACAGGAAGUGUCCAGUCUGGGCCCAGUCUCCUCCCCUAGGAGACACUGGGCAGGAAGUGGCCUGGCGUGGCAUGGGGGAAGCAGGGGCGGCUGCCACACCCACAGCUGCUGGGGCAGGAAGCCCAGGGCUGGGCAGGCUCGGCCUGAGGCUGGAGCUGGCCGCCAGUCUGGCCUGCCUUUUGCUUUCCACUUCAUGGCCAUUUAAAGCAGGCAGGGAAGCUGCUGCCACCUAGUGAUCAGGGGUCCCAGGGACCCGUGGGAAUGGCCACAGACCUCCCCUCACUGCUAAGGCACUGGGCAUCGCCUCCUCCGCACCCCCCCCCCAUUCUUUCUCUAAUGCACCCCC